AAGGGGGGUGAGUGUUGUGUCAACAGUCUGGCAGCCACACUGCUCACGGCCGCCCACACUAUACCCGCCCACACGCCCACACUAUACUCUCUCACACCCACACUACACUUUCCCACACGCCCACACCUCCAUGCUACACCUGGUCCGGAACUGUUGUGUAAUUAGUGAGCAGUUACCUGUGUAGAGGAGGAAGGGUGUGUGGUGAAGUACACUCUUGUGCCCGUGUGAGUGUUGUGUUGAGCUCCAGGGAGCUUACACGCUGUGUGUUAUGUGAGCUCACACAUGAUGAAUGUUAAGAUGAAGAAACUGGGAUGAAUAGCUUUGUGAAGAUAAUGUGGCGGAGGAGGAGAGAUGAAUUAGGAACUUAAUAAGCAAGCAGAUAAGUGAAGGAAGCAUGGAAGGAGGAAAGGGAGAGAGACGAGGUGGAAAGAGCUGGAGGAAGGAACGAGAAGAACGGGAGAGGAAGCGCACCAACAGCAGAAGUGUGGGGUACCCUUCUAAAGAUGCUGAGGAGAAGGAAGAUUCUGUAAAGGAGAGACAAGCAUUUGAGACCCAGAGACAAGAAGAAAUUGAAAAAAAGAAAGCAGAAGAAGACAGAAAAAAGAAAGAGGAAGAAGCAGCAGCAGCUCAAGCCAAACAAGAAGAGGAAGAACUGGAACAGAAGAGGGAAGAGGAAGAAACCAGAAGACGCGAGGAAGAAGAAAUGAAGAAGCAGGAAGAGGAUCGUACUUUCCUUCUGGCUUAUAUCCAAGAGGCUGAGGAGAGGCUGAUCAAGAAGGCUGAACUUAGAAUACAGAAUUUGGCAAUGGCAAAAGAUCGACCAGAACUGAACACUGCUAUCCUAGACUCAAGCUUGAAGAAGAACACGGCAUUCAUUAAGAAACUGAAAAACUUGACAGAAAGCCAGCAUGAUUCCCUGAUAAGAGACCUUCAAAGUCUUAACUUAACAAAGUAUGUAAGCGAGGUUGCCCAGGCAGUGGUCGAAGCAAAGCUGAAGAUGUCGGACAUCAAUACUGCAGUUCACCUGUGCUCUCUCCUUCACCAGCGAUACCAUGACUUUGCUUCAACUUUGUUGGAGAAUUGGCACAAGGUCCUCUCUCCGAAAAAAGAGGAAAAAAACAGUAACAUGAGUAAGCUACGAGUGGAUCUCCGGCUGUAUGCUGAACUUAUUGCUGCUGGCAUAUUUGCACCGAAGGAAGGUCUUCCUCUUUUAGGGAAUGUAUUAACAACAUUGGUUACAUCGGACAAGGAGGAGCAUCAGAACAUUUCAGUGUUGCUUACCUUCUGCCGACAUUGUGGGGAAGACUACAUGGGGUUGGUGCCGAGGAAAAUUAGACUCCUUGCAGACCAGUUCCAGAUGGCUGUACCCAAAAGUGACUUUCUUCCUCGUGAGAGACAGAAGAAUGUUAGAACCCUGAUUAAAGAUUAUUUCCUCUCCCUUACAAAACAUCUGUUCUAUGAUCACAAGGAACUGCAGCAGGUUGAGCAGCAAAACCGUCGGCUAUUGCAGACUCGAGGAGAGCUGAGCCCUGAUCGUAUCAACUUGGCUGACAACCUCUCUACUGGACUAAGCAAACUUCUAACCAAUGCCCAGCAGAUGGCUGAGCUGCUUGAUGAAGACUUGCCUGAGCUUCCAGAAGACAAAUCUCAAGGAGAUGAUCUAGGUUUGUGUGAUAUGGGAAUGGGCGAGGGUGGAGAGAUACCAGAAGGAGGGACAGCCGUGCUCUGGGAGGAUGACGAUACUAGAGCAUUUUAUGAAAACUUCCCCGAGCUCAAAGCUCUUAUCCCUUCCAUCUUGUACAGUGAUUCUGAGAAACCCACAGCUGUACCUGCUGAAGAAAUUACAACAGAAGAAGUAGAUGAGACUUUAGAGGAGGAAGAGCUGGAAGUUAUGGAAACAAAUGAAGAAGACACUGAAGAAGUGUUGCCGCCCGAGUUACCACCAGAGGAGGAACAAGAUGACAGCUUGACUGGCACAGGACCAUCUUCUAAUAAGGUGUUACUAGAUGCCUUCCUCACUGCUCUUCCCAACUGCAUCAACAGAGACCUGAUUGACAAUUCUGCAAUGGAUUUCUGUCUCAGAUUUAACACUAAGCCAAGCAGGAAAAAAUUAGUUAGAGCUUUGUUUCUGGUGCCAAGGACAAGACUAGAUUUACUUCCAUUUUAUUCACGUCUUGUGGCCACACUCCAGCCUCUGAUGCCCGACCUGGCCACUGAUCUAGUCAACAUGUUGCGACAGGACUUUAAGUAUCAAGUACGGAAAAAGGAUCAGAUAAACAUAGAGUCAAAGAUCAAGGUUGUGCGGUUCAUUGGUGAACUAGUCAAGUUUAGAGUCUUCCCUCGCACUGAGGCGCUCUUGUGUUUACGCAUGUUGCUACAGGACUUCAAUCAUCACCAUAUUGAAAUGGCAUGCAACCUUUUGGAGACCUGUGGCCGCUUUCUCUAUAGAAUUCCAGAUUCUCACCAUCGCACUAAGAUCUAUCUUGAGCAGAUGAUGAGAAAAAAGACUGUAAAAGCCUUUGAUCCCAGGUACAACACAAUGAUUGAAAAUGCAUACUUCUAUGUAAACCCACCAGACUCUGGCCCAGAGACUACCAAAAAAGAGCGCCCACCUAUUCACCAGUACAUACGCAAACUUCUCUACAAUGACCUUUGCAAGUCCAAUACAGAGAAAAUUUUGAGACAAAUGCGGAAGAUGCACUGGGAAGAUCCACCCACUUCUGGCUACAUUGUGAAAUGUCUGACAGCAGUCUGGAAUGCCAAAUUUUACAAUAUUCGUUGUAUUGCGAACCUGGUGGCGGGCCUCGUCUCUCACCAUGAUUGGGUGGGUCCAGCUGUUGUGGAUGGCAUUUUGGAAGAGAUUCGCCUUGGUUUAGAGGUGAAUCACCCCAAGUAUAAUCAGCGACGUGUUGCUGCUGUGAAGUACCUAGGAGAGCUCUACAAUUACCGUGUAAUUGAAAGCACUAUUAUAUUUAAGGUCCUCUAUUUGUUCUGUUCGUUUGGAGUAGUUUUUGACCCGAACAUGUAUAGCGAGUACGAUCCGCCAGAACACCUGUUUCGCUUGCGUUUGGUAUGUACUCUUCUGGAAACUUGUGGGCAGUUCUUCAGCUCUGGCUCCAGUAAGCGACGUCUUGAUUGCUUUCUUGUGUAUUUUCAACAUUACUAUCAGUAUAAAAAGAGUCUGAGCAUUUGGAAUGAAGAAAAUGAAUUUCCCUGGCAAAUUGAGCACCUUGUGCGGGACACUAUCUCUGCGGUGAGGCCCAAGCUACAGCUCUGUACCUCCCUGGAGGAAGCCUACAAGGCUGUCCAGCAUCUCAAUAAUCAGAUUGUUGCCAAGGCAAUUGAACAAGUACCAAGCUUACGGCAACUCCUCCAGCCAGAAGAGGAUAGCGAAGCCCUGCACACCAUCACAGAAGAGGCAGGUGACAGUAGUCAAGUUUUGGAGCUGGAGGGGGACAUCCUAGAAGAUAUGGAAGAUGAUGAAGAAUUUGAAGAAGUGGAAGGCGACUUGGAUUGGAGUGAAUCUCACGGAGAUUCUCUCACUCCUUCCCAGCACAGCCAGCCUGGGCGCAACACUAUGGAGGAGGAAGGUGAAGGUGUGCUGACUGGAGAUGCAGAAGAAGAACUAGUAGAUGAUGAUGAUGGAGAAUUAACCGAGGGGGAAUUACUAGACGGGGACAUGAAGGUUAAUGUUAAACAUGUCGACUGUGAGGAGGACACAGACUUCAUGUCGGCCUUUGAUCGCAUGAUGGCCGACAGCCUUAUAGAGCGUGCGACCACCGUACCUCGUCCUGGCCAGCUAGAUAUAUCUGUACCUGUUCACGUCAAAUCCACCGCCAAAAAAACUUACGAUCAGCUGCUGUGUGAGAGUACAGAGGAAGAGAGCAAGCCUGUUGUGAACUUUGUCUUGAUGACACGCUCUGGCAACAAGCAACAGUAUAACAGUGUGGAGAUGCCAGUGGAUUCUGAGCUGGUCACUAAGCUCCGAACUCGUGAAGAGGCGGAGAGAGCCGAGAAAGAAAAAGUUAAGCGCAUGACACUAGAAAUAAAUGAACGUCAGGAGGAAGAGGAGGCAGCAGAAAUUAUGCAACAGACACAGCGGCCAGCCACCAUGAACUUUAACCGUGAUAGACGACCAAAAUAUCAACACCCAAAAGGUGCCCCUGAUGCAGACCUUAUAUUUGGACCUAAGAAGAUUAGAUGAGUGGAAUCAUCUUCAUUGAAACUUCAUAGAGAAUGUUGUCUUAUCAUUUUUAAAAUACAUAUUUUUAAAUGCGGUACAGAAUUGUGUUUUAUGCAGAUACUGAUGCUUUAUAAGAAUACGUUUCCUUAUUAAAUGCAAUAAAUCUGUUAGACACAUUGGUUGUUCAUGUCAUCGAGAAAUUCUACUGUUUAACAAUUGAAUACUUGGCAUGUAACAAUACUUUGUUGAACGUGUUUUGUUUCUGCAUAUAGAAAAAAUAUUAGUUUAGAGAUGGAGCAUUCUGUGAUUACACUUGCUUCUUAACAGUAUGUCUACAUGCUUGGCUGAGUACAUGCAUAAACAAGAUACUAAAAAAUUGGUUACUUUGGUAGUCACUGAAAACUGAACUCAUUGUGAAACUAUCAUCUUUGUGAAGCUACAGCAAGUGGAAAGACAUUUAACCCAGACUACUUCAUGGAUGAAACUAGUAUUUAAUUGAACUUUUUGUGAAUAUUGAACUGGAUCAUGUAUGAUUCUUAUGCUCAUUCAAUUUAUAAAUAAGUUCUGUUCUGAUUUUUAAAAUAUAUCAGAGAAGAGU